AUUUUGAAAGGAAAGCGGAAAAGACGCUCCUAGCAUGUCGGCCAGCUUUGCUCCAAUUGUCAACGCAACGGAAGGGACAGCCGGGACCGGACAACGAUCGGACCAUCGGGGACGAAUAAAUCACUUUCAAUGUCGACGUUGGGGACGUCGUAAUGGACGUGCGAUAGCUCGGUACAUUUAGGUGGCGCUUUAAAGCUUGCCGGUGGAACUUAGCGGAGUUGUUGUGUCGCGGAGGAAAGUUACGUUUGUGUCACGCGCAGCGGGAAAAAGGAGGAGGAGGAGAAGCCAUGGAGGGCCACCGAUACGUCCCGGAGGACCGCGGCGGGUCGGCCCUGGAGAAGAACCCGGCCGACCUGACGGUGAUGGACGUGUACGACAUCGCCGCGGCGGUAGGCCACGAGUUCGAGCGGAUCAUCGACCAGUACGGCUGCGAGGCUCUGUCCCGCCUUAUGCCGAAGGUGGUGAGGGUGCUGGAGAUCCUGGAGGUGAUGGUGAGCCGCCACAGCAUCGGCGGACCCGAGGCCGACGAGCUGCGCCUGGAGCUGGACGAGCUCCGGCUGGAGAGGACCGAGAGGCUGGAGAAGGAGAAGAAGCACCGGAAGGAGCUGGAGCUGGUAGAGGACGUGUGGCGAGGCGAGGCUCAGGAUCUGCUCUGCCAAAUUGCUCAACUGCAGGAGGAGAACAAGAGCCUCCUGGACAAUGUGUCCACGCGAGACCCCGUGAGUGAGGACGAGCUGCAGAGGAACGAGGGCAUGAGCGAGCGUGAGCGUCAGGUGAUGAAGAAGCUGAAGGAGGUGGUGGACAAGCAGCGGGACGAGAUCCGAGCCAAAGACCGCGAGCUCACGCUCAGAAGCGAAGACAUCGAGGCGCUCCAGCAGCAGCAGUGUCGUCUCAUGAAGAUCAACCACGACCUGCGCCACAAGAUCUCAGUGAUGGCGGCUCAGGGCAAAGCGCUGAUCGAGCAGAAGGUGGAGCUGGAGGCCGGCGCGCAGACCCGCGGUCAAGAAGUGGGAGCCCUGCUGCAGGAAGUGGCGCGCCUAAGGGAGCGGCUGAAGGGCAAAGCCCAGGGAGCUCCGCCUCAGCCCCCCUCGCCGGCAGAGCGCGAAGCUAAAGUUGUGGCAGGGGCGGAGGGUUGGUGGGAGUCCACGACCCCCCCGCCGCCCCCGUCACCGCCGCCCAGCUCGCUCAGCCCCGACGGGCCUGACGAGGACGAGGACGACGAGGCGGCGUUGCUUUGGGAGGCCAUGUGCGAUGAAGACAUGCCUGCUGUGUACCAAUAUUUCACCAAGGAGGCUUUGUGCCAGGAGGAAGAGACCACUACGGAGAUCCCGGACUCCAAGGACCCCAACCGGGCCCGGUUCACCCUGCAGGAGUUGCGGGACGUUCUGCACGAGCGCAACGAGCUCAAAGCCAAAGUCUUCCUGCUGCAGGAGGAGCUGGCCUACUACAAAAGCGACGAAAUGGAGGACGACACGGCCGCUCCCAGUCCCGAGCCCGAACCCAGGACGAGAUCGCGUUCUGCUGUGCAGCCAGAGUCCGGAAUCAAACGCCUGAUCUUCACGGCCUUCAUGCCCAUGGUGGCGGCGGGUUUGAUCCGCGAUGACCCCACUUUACAGCCUGCCAGAGGCUUCGCGUCACUCGUUUAAUUUGUUUUCCCGUGACAAGCAGCGGAGUUGGCAGAGGGGCAACACACACGACGACGCGUUCACCGAACAAGCCCAGGAGGCCUUACCGCACUUUUAGCCGCCACAUCCAAGACAGCCUUCCCCGCAAAAAAAAAACCAUUUUAUUUUUGCAUGUCCCCUAUGAACUGAUUUCUUUAGGUGUAACCAUGACAUACGGUAUGCAAAUGAGGCAUUAUUUAAUUUAAUUCCCUGUUGUUUAUACUUACGGCGCUGCAAAGAUAGAAGGGGAAACACUGAAUUCAGGGUUGGGGAACCUACAGCCAAUCAGAACAUGUAACGCCAGCCAAACAUGCAAUUCUUAGCAACAAAAUAAAGCUAUCACUUUGUAGGAGUUCCCAAAGUACGAACCCUGGAAUUCACCGUGAAAUGACAGCUUCAAACCAAAGUGUCCCGACUUUCUCUUCCAUUCCGAUUAUGGAUCCUUGAGACUUUCUGGUCCUGGGCGGACCUUCACCGGGAAAGCACUUAAAAACAAUUGGUGCAUUUUCGUGCAUUUCGAGGUCCCCCAAAUAAGGCUGAAGUGAUUCUAGGAGCAAUCGGACAAAAUCUCUGGGCGGAGUCCAUCUGAAGGACCGCUGGAAAAGUCCGAAAUGAGCCUAAGAUGGCCGCUUCAAAACCAAAAUGGUUGACUUUGCGUCUUUGUGGGCAUGAACUCCGCACUGAAGGGAAAAUAUACAUCAAACUCCUAUCAACACUACCAGCUGUACAGAAGUGAGGAUUUUGAACACUGUGUGAUAUUUUAACCAUUCUAAUGACUCAUGAAUAUGGCCUUGUUUUUGACUUUGACUUAUUUUUCUUUCUUUUAUUUUCACUGUUUUGAGGAGCCAGAUUUCUGCUUUGUGGUGCGGGAAGUACUUUUUUUUUUCCCGACAAUAAUAACUGCACCAGCAGUUUUAAGCCUGACUGGAAUUUCAAAUGCUAUUUUUAGCGCACUGAAUAUUUGUAAUCUAUGCAAGCUGCAGAGGGAAAGAAAAUGUUAUUUUUUUUAUUUUUCCAUGGAAAAAAAGGAAACCCAAGUGAAAUGUUAUUUGCAUAUGACAAGUUUAUUACUAAAGCCCAGCAUUAAGACCUAUUGGCUGCUAUAGCACCUAUGACGACAUCCUAAAAUGGCGGCUAUUAUUGCAACAAGUCAAUGUAAAAAAAGAAUAAAAAAACAUAUUUAAGGAGAGUCAGGCGAUGCUAAUGGGAUACUUGUUUCUUAAAAAUCCAGAAAUUCAAUAAUAUACUGACUAUGUUGGAACAUAUGUGUGUUGUCCUUGUUCAUGUUUCAACAACACUUCGACUACAUAUAAAAAUAAAACUACAUCCUAGACCAA